GUGCACCGCACAUAGGACGCGCCUACUCACGCUCGCGACCACAUCAGCGCCCGCUGUCGACGCCGCCGCUGCCGCCGACGUUUCCCGCGUGCUCAUCGCCGUUAAAUCUGUUCCCGCUCACCACCCCCGCCGCCGCCGCCGUUUACUCUCCCGCACGGGCGACGACGACCGGGGUUGGCUGCCGCCGCCGCCACCACACCGCCGCCGCCGCCGCCGCCGCCGCCACGUUAUCGUACACAGUGACGUCGUCGUCGCCACUGCCGCCACUGCCGCUGCAACCAUGACGACUGUUGCACACUCGGCUGUCGGUGCACCCGCAGUGAUGCGAUUAUGACGGUCACCUGCUGCCCCCACUCCCCUUAAAAUCCGCGUCCCGCUCGACUCUAUAUUAUUACUAUUAUUAUUAUUAUUAUUAUCAUUAUUAUUUUCAAUACUAUUGUUUCACAACCGUUUUAAUAAUACUCAUCAUUGUUUGUAUAUUAUAUAUAUAUCCAAUAUAUAUAUACAACAUACAUACACGCACAUAUACUCGUCUUCACCGAUGCCACUGCGGCAACGAUCGUCGCCGCCACUUCCACCGCCGCCGUCGAUCGCCGCCGCGUUAUCCGUGCGCGCGCGUGUACCAUAUUCUCUCGUCAGGGUAUAACAAAUGCCUGCCAGAAAAGGAUUAUUGGCGCCUCAGAAUACAUUUCUGGAUACAAUCGCGACACGGUUCGAUGGCACACAUAGUAAUUUCGUGCUCGGAAAUGCUCAAGUGCCAUCACUGUAUCCGAUAGUGUACUGUUCAGACGGAUUCUGCGAACUCACUGGGUUUGCCCGGGCGCAAAUUAUGCAGAAGGGUUGCGCCUGUAAGUUUCUAUUUGGUCCAGAUACUAGUGAUGACCAUGUUUCACAAAUCGAAAAGGCAUUAGAAUGCAAAGCUGAACUGAAACUGGAAUUGAUUUUCUACAAAAAAAAUGGAUCUCCAUUCUGGUGUUUGCUGGACAUUGUUCCGAUCAAAAAUGAAAAACGAGAUGUGGUGUUGUUCCUGGCUUCGCAUAAAGACAUCACGCACACGAAAAUGGCAGAAAUGCACGUGGGCAUGGACUACGAUCCAGAGGAAGCCGAACCCGAAGAGCCUGAACCCGCCAGUAACGCGUACGGACGGCGGAGAAGCAGAGCGGUGCUUUACCAAUUGUCAGGACAUUACAAGAGUGAUAAACCAAAAACUGGCAAGCUGAAACUGAAUAACACGUUGUUGCAGGGCUCGUCCGCGCCGUUACCGGAAUACAAAACGUCGGCCCUGAAAAAAUCCCGAUGGGUAUUAUCGCACUACGGGGUUUUCAAAACGUGCUGGGAUUGGCUGAUACUGAUCGCCACGUUUUACGUCGCUAUCGUGGUACCGUACAACGCCAGUUUCGUCAACACGGACAAACCGUCCAUGGUCAGCGACGUGGUCGUCGAGUCCCUUUUUAUAGUCGAUAUAUUGUUCAAUUUCCGGACGACAUUCGUCAACAAAAAAGGUGAAGUGGUGUCGGAUUCCAAAACGAUCGCCUUCAAUUACUUGAAGAGCUGGUUCGUGGUAGAUUUAUUCGCCGCCCUGCCGUUCGACCUGUUGUACGCAUCGGACGUUUACAGCGGAGACGAAGCCGGUUCGGGACAAGUUCAUUUGUUAAAGCUGACCAGACUGCUGAGGUUAGCGAGACUGUUGCAGAAGAUCGACAGGUAUUCGCAGUACGGCGGCAUGAUUCUCACACUUUUGAUGCUCCUAUUCACAUUAGUUGCACAUUGGUUUGCGUGCAUAUGGUAUGUGAUAGCCGAAAGCGAACGCCAUGAAAAAGGAAGAGAUUGGGAUCUAGGUAAAAAAAAUAAACUAUCGUACGUCUAACUUUAA